GCUUUUGGAUUGAUUUGAUCCGGACCUGAUUUAAAUAAUGAUUUUCCACUGUUGGUAAAUGUACAUGCAAUUUAGACUUUGAAGGCGGCGGACAUUCAUACAUAUACACACAUAUAUACACACAUCCACAGAAAGCUGUCUUGUGAAUCUUGUUUGAUAUAUCUCAGAAGUGAAGCUUCUGUCUUUCAGACAAAGACCCUCCUCCAACUUCCCUGUGUUGCUCCAUGUCAUGUCAUAUUGACUACAGCAGUACCAAAGUAGCAAUGUAGAUGAAUUCCGUUAGAUGCCUUUGUCUUCACCUCUUUGUAUUUUCUUGCACCCUCUUCUCAUCAGAAUCUCAUCUCUCCCUGUCAAAACAAUUCCCUGUUGCUCAUCAACCAAUUCAUACUGCUCCCCCACUCUCCAAUGGCCAUUUUCAUCAGCCUCCCUGUUUCCUUUCUCUUUUUCUUGAUUCUCUCCAAUCAUCCUUCACUUACCACUGCAGUACCUGCCGACGAAAAUGAUGUUACUAACUCGGCGAGUGCUCCACCGCCGUCGGCAGCAAUGGCGGGAUCAAGAAUCAGCUCGUUCAAGCCUGGGAUAGCAGUGAUUGUAGGGAUUCUCACUACUGUUUUCUCAGUGACAUUUUUGUUGCUUCUGUAUGUGAAGCACUGCAAACGGGGCAACUAUGCGAAUUCUUCCAGGGGUUAUUAUCCUCCGUCAAGAAGAAACUCAGGGAUCGACAGGAAAGUGAUUGAAUCUCUCCCCAUGUUCAGAUUUUCAUCCCUGAGGGGCCAGAAGGACGGCCUCGAAUGCGCUGUUUGCCUAAACAAGUUUGAGGCCAACGAGGUCUUGAGGCUACUGCCUAAAUGUAAGCACGCGUUCCAUAUUGAGUGCGUUGAUACAUGGCUCGACGGGCACUCCACCUGCCCGCUCUGUCGGUACAGAGUCGACCCGGAGGACGUGCUUCUCGUCGACACCAAAUCGCUGUACAGUAACAGUGGUCGGGUUACACCUCGGAAUAGCGAUCAGGGAAAUGGGAAGGAAAACGGGAACCCGAGAAUUUCAGGCCGGCAUUCAUACGCUGGUGAAAGAGGCGGUUCCCUGGAAAUCAUCGUGGAAAAUCCAGGAGGGGAAUUCCGGGGAAGAGUUUCAUUGGACAGCUGGAAUUCCAGGAGGAAAAAAACGAGGAACUCUGAGAACUGGAGGCGGGAUUUGAGCAUGGAAAGCUGGAAAUCAUCCAACUCGGAAAAUCCGGGCAGGAAGUCAAAAGCCUCCAGGAAAGACGGGCAACUGCCGGUGCAAGGAGACAAGCAUCGCCUGGAACACCGGAUCAUAAUAUCCGGCGGAGAAGAGGCGGAGGAGGGGGGACGACGGCGGUGGAGCGACGUGGAGGCGGCGGAGUUCCUGUACCUGAGGAAAGAAAUGAUACUGGGAGAAGGGGAAGAGGAGGAGGGGAGUGGCAGGGACAGGGGAGUAAUAAAUGAGAGAAGUGUGUCGGAAAUAACAGGGAUGAGUAGGUAUAGGAGCAAUAAUGGAGGGAGAGAGAGGGAGGAGGAAGGGGUUGUGAAGAGGUGGUUGGCUUGGGUUUCACAAUCCCAAGAGCAGCAGCAGAGUACAGCUGUAUGCUCUGCCACUUCUUCUGCUGCCAUUGCUGGUUGAUUGAGAGCUUCAGAAUUUAAUACUCUGUUUUCUUGAUUUUGUAGUGAUUGAUACAUGGAAUGGAAUUGGAAUGUGGGGCGGGGUGAGGUGUGGGGGGGAAAGGUUCAUGUCUUUUCAUGCCAAGAAACAUUAUCCAUUGGGACUUGAAGAAUUGGCUCCUCUGUAAUGUAAUGUGAUGAUCAAGUUGAAUAU